CCACAAUUGUGACGGUCUGUCAGUCUAGUCCCAUACAUGUCAAGGAUGAUUUCCGUAGAAUAUAUCUGAGAUUAGUUCAUCAUUGUGGAAGAAAAGACGAGAAAAUAAGUAACAAAACUGAAUAAAGGUAUUAAAAUGAUAAUUGGUGAGAUAAGCAACCGAAUGUCGUGAAAACAAGCACGGGAAAGGAAACCGUUGCAAAGGCGCAUCCCAGCUGGGAGUCGGGAAGGGAAGGAGUAAACCCUCAGAGGAACACCCGAAAAAUACAAGUUUACCCGGGAGGGAGGGACAUGGCCUGGAGUAAGUCUGGUGGCGGAGAUUGGCGCCAGCAAAUCUACAACAAUCUGCGGGAACGGAACAAGAAGGAAUACGAGAACAUCAGUGAUCUCAUCCAAUUACAUACUCGACUUUUUGAGCAGAGUGAGACUUUGAAGGCUGAGAUCCUGCAGCUCACCAUUCAGAAUGAGAAACUCCAGCAAAGUAACCUGCAGUUGCUGAGUUGUGGUGGUGGAGGUAGUGGUGGUGGUAAUGGUGGUGGUGGUGGAGGGGAGUGUGGAGGGACUGCUUCACCUGGUGUGGUGCAGAAAUUGGAACAAAAGAUCUACAAAUUACAAGAAGAAUUAACGGAUUUACACAGAAAAAAGAGUGAGAAUUCACAGCAGUUGGUAGAAUUAAAUCAGUGCCUUCAGGAACGGGAAAAAGUAGUUGCUGUCAAGGACAACAAACUAGCAGAGUAUGAGUCAGACUUGAUGAUCCUGCGAGAGGAGCUUGCCAAUAAGGAGACAGCCCUUGCAGAUGUACAGGCAAUCAACCAGGUGCUGCGCGAUGAGUACCAGACUCUCAACUUGGCCUUCACGGCGCUGGAGGAGAAGUAUAGGAAAGAAAAGGAAGAAAACCGGGACCUCAUUGACCGAUGGAUGGCACAGAAAGCCAAGGAUGCAGAGAAGCUCAACCUGGAGAAUGACUCAAUCUUAAGGAAACGACAAAUGUUGGUUGAAGAACAGCUCAAAGAAGCAGCUCGGGAACCCAGGCAGGUGACCAUGGACGACAAGUUUGCCUGCAGUCCUCCCCUGUGCCUUAUGGCAGUGCUUCCCUCCAAGGCCUACCACAAAUUUGAUGCUCAUGAUGGGGAGGUGAAUUCUGUGUGCUUCAGCCCUCAAGGGAGGAUUCUGGCCACUGGUGGGGUGGAUAGGAAGCUCAAGCUGUGGGACAUUGGCCAUGCCGUAGUGGAAGCUAGAGGCAUAUUGACAGGCAGCAAUGCAGGGGUAACAGCCAUUGAUUUUGAUGCUGAGGAGUCAUUGAUUCUUGGUGCCUCUAAUGACUUUGCCAGCAGAGUCUGGACAGUGGCAGAUCAUAGAUUAAGGCACACACUCACAGGACACUCUGGUAAGGUUAUGGCAGCAAGAUUCCUGUCAGAGUCAGCUAAGGUCGUCACUGGCUCCCAUGAUCGUACGCUUAAAAUAUGGGACCUGAGGAGUCGAGCUUGUAUCAGAACAAUCUUUGCUGGAUCAAGUUGUAAUGACCUUGUGCCAUCUGACAGUGCAGCAACAACCAUAAUUUCUGGUCACUUUGAUAAGAAAAUCAGAUUCUGGGACACACGGACAGAACAAUCAGCAAAUGAAGUGUCUUUACAGGGCAAGAUUACUUCCCUCUCCUUAUCAAGUGAUGGGUUUUACCUGUUAAGUUGUGUUCGUGAUGAUUCCUUGAAAAUCUUAGAUCUUCGGAAGAACCAUGUGAUCCACACAUUUACGGGUGAUGGCUUCCAUGUGGGAGCAGAUUACACUCGGGCAACUUUCUCUCCUGAUGCUACUUAUGUAGCAGUGGGUAGUGGUGAUGGUGCUUUAUACAUCUGGAAUGUCAAUACAGCCAAGCUGGAGAAGACUCUGAGGGAGCACACAUCAUGUGUAGUUGCCUGUACUUGGCAUCCAAGCGGAAAGUCACUAGUGUCUUGUGACCGUGGCAAGAAGGUCAUUGCUUGGUCCGAUUUCUAGCAAGAUGAAGGUGUAUUAUGAGUUGCUGUCUGGUGCUUAUACCAGUAGCAUUUGCCUGAGUUACCACAACUGUGAUAUAGGUAACCAAAUUAUAGUUUAUAUUUCUGUUCUCCUACUCUGUCUUGCUGCAUCACUGCCACUCUGGUUUAGCAUAGACUAGUGGGGUGGAGCUCUGGCAGCAGCACCCUGGUGUCCUAGGUUGAUGGGCAGUGCAUCCAGCAUUUAUAUUAAUUUGUUCUGCUGUUUGAUGAAUUCUGGUCAAGUUGGGUUGAGUACUCUAUGAGGAAAAUGAAUGCUCAUUGAUUUUGCAGACACUAGUCACAUGGAAUGUUGAUUUAUAAGAAAAUAUUCUAGAGUAUAUUUUAUAUUUGGAUGAAAUCCUUGAGUAAGACUAUAAAAGUUAGGAUUGAUAUCUUUUGUAUCAACAUUUAUUCCAGUGUCAUUAUUAAAAUCAUUGGCUGUGCUAUAACCGGCCUAACAGUGAUGAAAUUUUGUAACAGGUGCAUUAUAUUUUGCAUUAGCUUGUGGUCAUAAGGGUUGUAUAGGAUAGUUUUUUGAUGGAAGUACUGAGAUGGAUUUUGUGGUGCAAAGCAGAAGGAUGAUGGUUGGAUAGAAAGUAUACAUAAUAGUAAAGGAAUGAAUAAAAGUGUGUUGACAAGGUUGUAAUGAUAGGUUGGUUAUUGAUAAAAGAUUAGGUAUUAGGUAUGGCUAAUUGAAUAUAAAAUUAAUAAUGAAGUGACAGAUGGGGAUGGGAGAGGGUAUGUGAGAGAAAGGAGAACAAAAAAAAUUGUUUUUUAAUAAAAAAAAUGUGUAUAGAGUGCAAAUGUUUUAAAUAUGGAUGUAAUUUUGUCUUACUUUGUCUGCGUAUGAAGGAUGUUAUGGUCAAAAUAACUUGAUUAUUUUUUGUUUAAUGUUUUUCCUUCUCCUUUUCUAUAUUAUUUUUGGUUUAUGUAUCUUUUGCUAGACAGCUUUUAUUAUGUGAUGUGUGAGUGAUGCAUUACUUACAUGUGUACAAAUUUGGUCCGAUGCAGGUGUGUGCUUGAGUGUGUGGACACUGAAUGCAUACUUAUCUUAUUAACUUUGUUUCUUAAGUUUAAGAGCAUAAUUGCUACCAUGCAUUUCCACACCGUCCCUGCGCCUGCCUUGCUCAGGGAGUCUGAACUUGGCAAAUUAAUGUAUUAUUUUAUUUUAUUUUUUUUAUUUUUUUUUUUAUUAAUUUUUUUUUAUGUGUAUUUGUCAUUGUGAAGCUUUGUUAAUACUCUGGUUGUUUAAUUUAUAAAAGAAAAAGUUUGCUCUGCUAUGAUAGUCUUAUGGAUGGAAAACAGGGAAUUUUUAUUUUUGUAAUUUAAGGUUUUGAGCUGCAUACAUUGUUUCUUGUCUGACAGCAGCAGGAAAACAGGUGUUUGUGGCAGGUUAGGUAUUAUGUAAUGGUAAAAAUAGAGAUGACCUCUUUUGCUUAUGCUGUUUUUUAAAAAUUUACUUUGUGUUUCACAUCAUCACAGUGCUCAUAUCCCAUUAUGUGCAGAGCCAUGCUUUAGAUAUGGUCAGAAUCAACAAGUGAAGAAUUUAUUCACAUUCCUUUUUUUACCAUUAUAUUUUUCCCAUGAUUCCAGUUUGUGCCUACUGUUGUUGCAAUGUACUGAAAAUACCAGUUGUUGAAAAGGUUUGAAAAUAGGUUAUAGUCCCUCAAUAACAUAUAAUUUUAACCCCUAGAGGACCAGAGGCAGCUAUAUCCACUUUACUAGGCGAGGACUGGAGGCAGUUAUAACCGCUUUGUGAUUUUAUGAUCACUUAGCCACUUUUUGUCAAUUUUUGUAGUUCAGUCAUUGGUAAUACUGCCAGUGAGUUAGUUAGGCUAAUCUCUCGGUUUGCGCCCCACUUUCAUGAUGGCUAAAUGCAGUAAUGAUUCUGAUGAAUCCGAUUCCCUGCCUACUGUCCUCAUUUCAACACUAUGCCAAUUACUAGCUCUUACUCAGCCACUUGCUACACACCUUAGUUAGAGUGCAGUAGGGCAGGAAUUUGAUAAAACUGUUAAGCAUGCAUGAAAAGAGCUCAGGGCACCCGUAUUUAUUAGUUGCUAGCCAUAUCCAGUCUGGCAAAAUGUACGCAUGAAAGGCAAGUGACUUGCUUCCCCAAAAGUCCCUCCUCUUCAGCUUGCUGGCUCUCCACAACCACUGCAUGUAGAGACAUCUGGAUGACAUCGUUAGAAAGAGGAAGACGAUGUUGAGUACAAAAGUCUAUUUUAUUCGCUCUUCCAUUGCAGGCUAAGUUUAGGGAGUGUGUGAAUACAGGCUAUUGUUGGCUUUUAGUGUUGGAGGGCUGGUUCUAGUGUGACGAAAAUCACCACCACCACCGGUCUUUUAGGGGUUAAACUGCAAAUAACAAGGUCUGAGAUUCCUUAAUUACAAGUUCUAAUGAAUCAUAAUGAUUCAUUGUAUGUCAUCCAUGUUAAAAACGUAAAACUUGCUUUGAAAAAAUUGUCCCUGCAAAAAAUAUAGUUUCCAAGUCUUAUGAAGCUUAAAAGUUUGUGUUAAUUAUCCCAAAUUUUACAUUAUGAUAGGGCAUAUCACACUAUUUCUUCUUAUUUUUAAAAUGAGUUUUGCCUAUGUUAGAAUAAUCACCAAGUAAAGCUGAUCAGGAGUGUAUGCUGCAUCAUUAUCAGUUCCUUGAAAACAAAUACAGUAAAUCCCAGCUAAAUUGGAGCCAAAUAUCCCACUUUCAUGCCCUCAGAUAAGUGUCGGAUAUCUUGGAUUAUCAACCAAGAUAUACGGGGGAAGUCAGAUAGACACCUGAUAUCUCAGUUUGUUCCCCAAGAUAUAUGGGGUAAGUUGGACACUCAGAUAGACAUUGAAUACAUAUCUAAUGUACUAUUCUAAUCACACACAACUGGUAUUCUUGCCUGACUCAUGCUGUGUUUGCUGGUCUCCGUGAUGGCUUCUAAGGCUACAUCUAGUUUUUCCCUUAUAAAUUAUGUUUUCAGAUAUCUCAGAUUGGUAUUCCCCCAAUCAAUCGGACUUAUGCAGGGUUUCCUGUACAUAGGAAAAUCAUCAUAUUUGAGAAAUUUAUUAGAAACAAGUUAUGAAGGCUGCUAUUUUUUUCCCUUCAACUGUGAUGGCCAGAAGACUAAAUAAAGCUGUUUGAUGAAUGUUAUGAUGCAUUAGGAGAUGUGGCCAUGAUCAUCUGUAUUAUGCAAUGGUUGACUGGAUGAGCACAGGACAUUACCAAGAAAAGCCCUCUUAAGAUUCAGAAUUUCAAUUAAAUCAUUAUAAUAAAUGGACUAAAUUUGUUUUGUUACAGUGAGAGAAGAGAGACACGAAUGGCACAGUGAAUUGUGUUGAAUAUUUCUGGAGAAAGUAUCCCAGUAGGUUUAAGGAAAACACCCAGAAGCUAGAGGAGAGAGAGAAAAAUAUAUUAUUCAACUGAAAUCAGGCCACAUGUCAUCAGUUGGCAAAGGCUGACUCAUAUGAACAUGAAAUGUUCUUAGAAUUGUGAUGAUUGAAUGUAGUAGAGGUUUUGAUUCAACUAUUGUGGUCAAGCUUCUGGAGGGUUUGCAUAAUACACUGGAUAUUUUUUCUUUAAACCAUGGAACAGCACAAAACAGCCAAUGAGUUUUUUACUAGCAUUAAUUAAAGGCUGAUAUAAGUAGUUAAAUGUAGGUACUACCUCAGUUUUACUAUAAUUGAAAUAUUGGUCAGAAUCUAACUUUUUGUUGGUACUAGUUACUUGAGUAAAAAAGGUUCUUUAUUCAUGACUGAUAUAUGCAGGUAAAUAUUUUGGAAGAAUAGAGAGAAAUUGUGAUGAAUUAUUUUUAAGGUUAAUCUGUUGUGUAUAUGAAACCAAUGUGCAGCUUUCUUGUGAAUUACUGUGUACAGUUCAGCCACAAACAUUGUUUCUUGAAUUUUGCAAGCUAACAAUUCAUGAUUGGGCAGUGUUGUUUUAUGAAAUUAAUAUAAUUACUUAUGCAUGAUAAUUCCUUUCAGUUUCAUAACUUAUGUGCUCUACAUUAGAUAUGAAAGAGAUCCAGUUUGUGCAUUUCCAAUCACAUACUCCAUAUUAGACCAUUCUGAAAAUAUCUCAUACUAAGUUUGCAUGUCAUUUUAAGUGGACUGAACAUCCGUGAUACUGUGUGCGUGUGUGUGUGUGUGUGUGUGUGUGUGUGUGUGUGUGUGUGUGUGUGUGUGUGUGUGUUUACUUUUCUAUUUGUUUUUUGUACUUGUAAAGAUAUUUGUUCUUGUACUUAAGGAUUUAUUGAUGUUCAAGUCCACCAGAUAGACUAGUUUCAUACUUAAGUCAAAUUUUAUGAUUUUUUUUCAUAUAUAUUUGUCAGCAGGUGUCCCAGCUUUGUAAGAGAGCAAAUCUGUCUCCAUAGUUCUCUUAGUUUACUUAUUAAUUAACAUUGUACUUUCUAUAUGCAAGUUCACUGUAUAAUUUAUAGUGUUUAUAAAUUCAUGUGUUGUUCAUAAUCUGUACAUGGAACUUUUAUUGGACUGAGUCAAGGAAGGUGCAUUCAUCUGCAGUAUCCUAAAAAGCUUUUGAUUUUGGGAAUUAUGUCGAAAAUAAUAAAGACUUCGCCAGAGUUAUUA